UGGCCGUUCACCAUAUGGUAACAAAAUGGCUUAUCAAGUCGGCCUAUGAACUUUUUGAGCAAUUUUAUGACUUCUGGUUACAUCCAUUCCCGAGUUGCAUAAUGCUGAGAAUUGCUAUUUUUUGCUUUUGUCGGGUCGAUCUCCAGAGUAAGCCACUUUCUCUUUUGAUAUGCAGGUGAGGGGGGUUCAUAAUUUCAAUUUCUGGCUUCUUCUUUUCUUUUGGUAUUAGGGGGGGAAAUUAGAUUUUUAACUUUUAUUGCGUCAAAAAGUUGGUCUUGUCUUAUGUUUUGUUCUUCUAUAAAUGGGUUAUUCUCUUUGUAUUUAUAAAAAUUCAGCCACAGCAGCCACACUCGACGCUCGACGUUACUUGAUUCGGUUGUAUAGCGAUCACUAUUGUGCCCGCUACACUGCGCCAUUGCAAAUGGAAUGUGUAUUUUUUAAUUACUUGCGAUACACUAUACUACUGGAUGCUGAUCGAGAUACAAUGCACAGAGUUAAACUUUUGACCCUCGGAGAUCAGGUCAGUGGCCUUUUUAAUCUACUAUUUAAUGAGGCAAACCAAUGAGAUGAUAGUUGUAAACGCUCUUCAGAGGCGUAACUGUAUUUUGACUAUAGAGUGAGUUACCUUAAGAGGCAUUUUUAUUACCAUCACCAAACUUUGAUAGGUAGUUACUGCUAUCUAAGGUGUUGAUAAACUAUUUGGCUUUAAAUUUAGCCAACCAUGGCACUAAAUUUCCUUGUGAACUUUUAUCAUUGUUGGGAUGUGUGCGAAAAUUCUACAUCACUUGGCAAACAUAUGACAAAACGCUUGCUUCUCUCUUCAAUUGUGAUAGUGGUGGUGGUGGUGUUAACACUUGUGUACUGCCAAUCCAAAGGAUCUACUGAUGGUAGACGUGAGUGUGUUGACGCAAACACAAGAGGGACCAGAUCAGUAUCUACGCUACAGUUUGUCAUUGUGGUGGCCCGCCAUGGUAACAGAGGUCCUUUGUCUACCUUUACCACAAUUCCAUACCAGAGCAAUGACACAAGUGUGUGGCCAUACGGUGUGGGCGAACUUACUCAGAUCGGUCGUGUCCAGAUGUACAAGUUGGGGGAGAAAGUCCGUUCCAUGUACAAUGGUUUUCUGGACUCUACAUACAGACCAAGAGACUUUCAGGCAUUGAGUUCACCCUCAACACGCACCCUUCAAAGUGCUGAACUGUUCUUGGCUGGAUUGUUUCCUCCCACAGGAUUCCAGGUGUGGAAUCAGGACAUGUGCUGGCAACCUAUACCGAUAUAUCCCAGUUCCUUGGAUCAUUAUGAAAUUUUAGAUUACGCUGCAGAAACCUCCUGCCCUAGAUUUUCUGAACCACAAAAAGACUCAUUACAGGAAAUCAAUAGACUGUACCAGUCUUCCCUGACCAGCUUUGUUGAUUACGUCAUUCCUCACACAGGCAUCGAUGUCAUGGACGUCAUGCAGAAAAUUGGCAGUUUAUAUAAAUUGCGAGUUGUCGCAAUUGUGUGGGAAACCUUAAAAUAUGUGGCAGAUAAUGAACUUCCUCUACCCGACUGGGCCACUAAGAUAUAUCCUGAGCCUUUGAACAAUCUAUUUUCGAAGAUCUUCAAAGCGAUCGUUGCAGGCUCUACCGACCAGAUUAAGUAUUUAGAAGGUGAAUUGUUUCAAGAGUUGGUAGGCCUGAUGCAGGCCAAGGCUAACAACACGCUGAGCCCGGACAGACGCAUGUACUACUACUCCGGCCAUGACUACACGAUAAUGGGCCUACUGGCGAUGCUGAAUCCGCAACGAGAAGCCUACGUCAACCCAGGAUCUGCUUUGAUCUACGAGCUCCACCAAAAUCCAAGUACCGGCCAAUUCACAGUUCAGGUGUUGUACAUUGAUGGAAAAUCUCCAGACUUGAAUCCUCAAGAUAUCGACAUCGUAGGCUGUGAAUCACCAUGUGACUUUCACAAAAUGUUGGAAAUAACAGAGAAAUAUUAUAAUAUUUCAAACUGGAAAGAAGAGUGCCAUUUAGGACCUACAAUAUCUUAAACAGCUAAAAAUAAAUGGAUUAAGAUUUUAUUUCCAUUUAGAGAACAUUAAAAAAUGGAAAGCUUUGAUCGCUAUAAAUUAGUAUUGUACGGAGGCUAAAAUGAUGGUUAAGGAUUUAAGUGUAAAAUACAUCAAAGCACUUAAUUAUAGUACAAGACUCCUGUUAAACGACAGAACUUCUUCGUGCAUUUCACUAAUUAUCUCUGUUGCUUUCAAGGCACAUUUAUAAGGGAUUCACUUAGUGCAAAAGCUCAAACCAAUUUUUGAAACGCGAUCACGUCACAAUUACCUGAACGUAAUGUGCCACUGGUGAACGUCCUCAGCUUUAAGAACAUUAUUUCCAUUAUGUUCUUAGGAUAGAGAUCGCCAUCCACUCUUUAAAGUGGUUUUUGUACUAUAAUGUACAUCUCAAUGCUGAUUCCAGGGACAAGUAUAGGGUAAUCUAACUGUUCUAGAAACAAGAAAUUCGAAGGGCUCCGAUCCUAUU